AUGUCUCAGCUCCGGCCGCACCUCGCGGUCGUGUUCGUGGUCGCGGUCGUGGUCGUGGUCGUGGUCGCCCUCGUGGUCCUCGUCUCUUCUCGUCUGUUCUUCGUCCAAACAGAAUCGGUCAACAACCGAACAUCCAAUCUGUUCCACAGCCGUCAAACACCAGCCGCCCACGCCGAACUACUCAAUCUGGUCAACAGCCAGCCGCAGUACAGUCUGGUCGACAGCCAGCGCGAGCCCCGUCUGGUCAACAGCCAGCUUCAGUACAGUCUGGUCGACAGCCAGCGACAGCUCAGUCUGGUCAACAGCCAGUGUCAGCUGCGGGUCAACAGCCCAAUGGCAUUCGCGGCCAACAGCCAUCUCAAGCUGGUCAACAGCCAGCCGCUGGUCAACAGCCAGUUCCCGUCCUUCCUGCCGUUGCUGUCGUCGUUGAUAACUCCGUUUCCGCCUAGGUCGUUUGCCCUCGCCAAUUGCCUCUCAAUUCUACUUCCUCUUCCUUCUCCGUGUGUGAGUCCUCAAACUUUAUUAAAUGUAUUCUAA